GAGGGGCAGCGAGGAGAGGGAUUGAUGUCAAGAAAUGGGGCUGAGAGCCUGGGGGGUUGAGGGAGCUGGGCCUCAGGUGUCGGGGGUGAGCGUAGGAGAUAGCCGAGACAGAGUUGGGGGGUUGCAGGUCCCCGCGGCGCCUGGGAGGAGGGGGGUUUGGUCACCGCCCUCCCGGAAACCGAGGAAUGGGCGCCUCAGGUGUGGAGGCGAAUGCCCAGGCAACUUAUGAAAUUUGUGAUGCUCUGAUGGAGUGACUUUAAAGUUGAGCGAGUUUCUUGACCUGUCAGCAUUUGUUUUAAACCGGGGGCCAAGACAGCCGUUACUUAGCUGGCAUUAGGAAUCCUUUCCUAAUCCCACGUCCUUCCCUGGAGAGCCCCUGACAGCUUGGCCUUGCAAUAGCUGGAUGAGCUUCAUUCAUUCAUUCAUUCAUUCAUUCAUUCAUUCAUUCAUUCAUUCAACAAAUACUGUUGAGAGGCAGCUGUGUACUAGGCAGUCUGCAUAGGUACUGGGAAUAAGAUGGUGAGCAAAACAGACCCCUGCUUUAAUAGGGCUGACCUAACGGGUGAAGAUGUAACUGAAGAAAAUGUCCAAAAAGCUAUAUAGUAGGGGAAGUGAGCUAAGAUCUAGUGGGCGAAUAGGAGGUAACCAGAGGAAGAACAUUCUGGACUGUGGAAACGUCUCACGCAAAGGGUUAAGGAGGGAAGUGAUAGGAUCUGAUUUGAUUUUAGUUCGCUGGCUGCUGUGCAGAGAACAAGUGGUAGAGGCUGGCAGGAGUAGAAAUUGAGAGGCCAUGGAGGAAGCUGUUGCAGAAGUCCAUGGAGGGUUGAUGAUGUCUUGGACUGGCGUGGUGGCCCUGGAGAAGGAGAGGGUUGUAUGGAUUUGAGACCUAUUGCUUAGGAGUGAGAUGACCUCGAUCUUGCGGAGCCCUCAGGCUCUCCAGCUUACUCUGGCCCUGAUCAAGCCUGAUGCUGUUGCUCACCCCCUGAUUCUGGAGGCUGUUCAUCAGCAGAUUCUGAGCAACAAGUUCCUUAUUGUACGAAUGAGAGAACUUCUGUGGAGAAAAGAAGAAUGCCAGAAAUUUUACCAAGAGCAUGAAGGGCGUUUUUUCUAUCAGCGGCUGGUAGAGUUCAUGGCCAGCGGGCCAAUCCGAGCCUACAUCCUCGCCCGCAAGGAUGCCAUCCAGCUCUGGAGGACACUGAUGGGACCCACCAGGGUGUUUCGAGCACGUCAUAUGGCCCCAGAUUCAAUUCGUGGCAGUUUUGGCCUCACUGACACCCGCAACACAACCCAUGGCUCUGACUCUGUGGUUUCAGCCAGUAGAGAGAUUGCAGCCUUCUUCCCUGACUUCAGUGAACAGCGCUGGUAUGAGGAAGAGGAGCCCCAGUUGCGCUGUGGCCCUGUGUGCUACAGUCUAGAGGGAGGCAUCCACUGUGCAGCCGGGCCAGGAGGCCCAGGACCAGUCUGAUGGAAGCCUGUUGGUCUGUGAAGACUGGUGGCAUCGCCCAGCCUUUUCUCGGAGACCUCCUGGGGCCAGGGAGGCCUGGGGAUCAUGGCGCCCUCUCUGCUGGGCACCACACUCACCUGAAGAUCUAGCUCCUCACUGCCACCUGCUCUAGAAUCUAGCUCUCUAUCUACCUCUUUUCCAGAAUGUUCGUGGUGAUUCAGAGGAAUAAUGGCUCCUGUUUUCUCUGAGAACUAGUCAUCUUUUUCAAGGAGUUUGCCUAAUUGACUUGCCUGAGAAAUGCAGUGACUAUAAGCACCAUUUGGCCUAUCUUCCUCAAUAAAAGUCAGUGUUCUACUAA